AUGGAUAAAAUAAAACGAAAGGAAGCUAAAAGCCUUAGUUUAAAGCAGAAAUUAAAAAAAAUAGAACCUAAAUUAUAAGAUGUUAUCAACUAUUUAAAGGAUCAUCCCAACCUGCUAAGGUUUGAAAAGAAUCCUUACACAGCAGAAAGGUUGAUGAUGUUAUUAGAUAAUGAGAAAUUGGCAGCUUUAGAAGAUGAAUUUAAUGAACAUCCAAAUGGUAUUGAGUUAGCGAAUUUCAUUUGGUUAAUGAAGUGUGCUAUUGUACAUCCUGUAGAAGAAAAAUAUGAAUUAGUUACAGGACUAAUUAAACUCUUUUAAGAUAUUGAUAUAAAUGGAGAUAAACAUAUGGAAUGGAGCGAAUUUACUUAAUAUAUUAUUGAUGCAGUUAUAGGAGAAAAAGAUGGCAGAUUUUUUGAUGCUAGGUUUGAGAAAGAAAGAGAACUGACAGAAAAUGAAAUUAUUGAUAAAGCUUAUUCAAGGAAGACAAAAAGAUACGUUUAAGCUAAAUUUUUUGAUAACUCAACUCACUCUAAUCUAAUUAAAAAAAUAUAAUUCUCACCUCAUAAUGAUAAUGUCAUCAUCCUAGAGUAGAGCUCCAAUACAUUAAAAUUUUAUACUACUGAUUGCUAAGAAAAGAUAAUUAAUAAAAAGAAGAUAGGGUUGACUGUUCCUACUGAAUACAAUAAAGUCUCAUUUAUUAUUGAUUUCUUUAUUGCAGAUUCUAUAAACACUAUAGGUGUUGUCACAUCUAAAAAGUAAUUGAUUUUUUGGGAAAAUAGCUUCAGCUAAAAGGUUUUAAAGAGUGCAAAAUUAGAUGUACUCUAAACUGGAAUAUGGUAUUUGCCUUUGCACUAAAUUUGGGUUACUGCAGGAGAUGAUUUCAACUUAAAAACAUGGAUAUUUACCCCUUCAAAUUCUAUAGGAGACAAUAAAAAAUCAAAGCUCUAGCAUGAUAAAUUACUUAAAGCACAUAAAGGAAAAAUUAUGGAUGUAGUAGAACUUGCAGCACCUCGCUUAGUAGCAUCUGCCUCAUUGGAUGGAAAAAUUAAGUUAUGGGAUUUAACUGAUUCUGAACCAAGACUUUUAACAGAACUCAAGGAUCCUUCAAAUUGUGAAAGAGGAGUUAGACAGUUAACAUACUCUCACUAGUAUGGAUCUAAUUUAUUAUCAGUUGGUUUUGAACAACAUAUUAAUGUCUGGUGCCCCGAAAUAUCGAUUACAAGAGCUUUUAUUGCUAGACUAGAAGGUCAUAGUAGUUUAGUCGUACAGUGCAAAUUCAUUCCACAAAGUCCUAACGUGAUUUCGAUUGAUGAUAAAUGCAAUAUAAGAAUCUGGGAUAUUCGUAGCAUGAGUACUAUCUAGGUCAUAGCUGCUGAAGGAGGAUACUCUCUGAUUACAGAUGUGUGCUUUAUUACAGGGAAAUAUGAUAGGUUCUUGCUUGCUGGCAAAAGAAUAAUUUACUUUGAAAAUGCUGAAGUCUAAAAAAAUAUGAAAAAUGCAAAUGAUGAUCUGUACCCAUUAAGUGUUGAUUUCAAUAUUUAUUUUAACCAAUUAGUUAUUUUAACAAAGAUUGAUAUGAGGUUAUACGACGCCAUGACUGGGAGAUUGAAAAAAGUGUUUAAUGAAAUACAUGAUGAUAAAUAUUCAGUCGAGAUGGCACUAUUUUGCUUUGGUGCUAGACAAAGAAAAUUUUUUCUCGCAGAUAACGCAGGGAUGAUUAGGUAAUAUAAUAUGAAAAACGGAGAGUUUUUAAAGAAGGUUAAUGAUGUUAAAGAGAUUGAAGAUUCUGAGUUUUCAAAAAAGCAAUCACAUAUCAAAAAGAAAGAAACAAACGAAGUUUCUUAACUUAUUUACAUUAAUGAAGAAAAAUUGCUCAUUGCAUCUUAUUGGGAUUCUACUAUUAGGAUUUAUGAUGAAUCAGAAUCAGAAGAAUCAGUUCUAAUAAAAGUAUUAAGUGGGGCACACAAAGAUUCAGAAAUUAUUUCUUUAUCUUAUUCUGCCAAGCAAAAUUUACUUGCCAGCGGAUCUGCAAAUGGAAUUGUGGCUUUAUGGGAUUUUGAAACAGGAAAACUAGAAGGUAUUUUAAAGGCAGAUGAAUCAGAAGUAAUUUAAAUUGAAUUUUUGGAUCCUUAUCCUGUCAUUUUAACUACAAACUCUGCUGGUGUGGCAUAUUUAUGGGGCUCUAGACUAGCUCCUAUGAGAUAUAAAUACAAGGCUAUCUUAAAAAUUAUGAACACUCACUGGAUUAAUGGAGUUGAAACUAAUAUCACAAUAAACUCUAUUUUGAAUGAAAGUUAUUAGUCAGAGCCUAUUCCCAGAGAAUUACCGAAAGAUGGUUUUGAACCUCCAGAAGUUGGUUAAUUCAAUCCUAUCAUCUCAAGAAAUAGCAACAAUGAAAAAACUUCUAAAGGGAAAAAAAUAUUUUUUGCCACUAACCAAGUAACUGGAGAAGAUUCAUUCUUAAACCCCUAAAACCAAAAUGGCUCAAAUAGGGAUUCAUAAACGAUAAAUUCUAAUCAUAAUUUGCUUACUUCUCAUUUAUUUAAGGAUGAAAUACUUCAUUCUCCUAUACGUAAAAAUGAUAUUGAGAGCUCACCAAAGGGACAAGAAGAAAACAGAGAAACUUAUGAAAUGUUUUAGAAAUACUGGGAUGUGUACGAUUAAAAUAUUUCCAAAUAAACACAAUUAAAAAAUCCUCUUUGCUAUGUUUAUGUUGGAGACUCUAAAGGCUUAAUGCACAUUUGGAAUUUCACAGAUAUUUUACAUAACAGAUAAAUCUUUCCAAUCAAGGAAGAUAAAAAAAAGCAAAGCUUUCAGUUAAGAAGAAAAGAUUUAAUUAAUGCAACUAAAGCUGCUGACAACAUGAUCUCUGGCUUAGAAAGAAGAAACAAUAAAAAUCUAAUGGUUGUUCAUGCUACAAACUCAGUACUUUUAAAAAGAUGGGUUGCCCAUACAGGCAUAGUAAAUAAACUCAUAAGAAUUCAAGAGCCACCUACUUUAUUCUCAUGCUCUCAUGAUAAGAAUGUAAAAAUAUGGUCUUUAGAAGGUCAAUACUUUUCAAAAAUAAAUAUAAUACAAUAUGAUAAGCCUAACUAAUGGAACUUUCCUUUUGAUUGGGUGAAUCAAAAGCUGAAUGAUUUAGAUCUUGUAUUUGAUUCCCUUAAAAUCAUUGAAAACGAAUAACUUAAUAAGGAUUCAAAAGACAAAGUAAGAAUGAAAUACUUAACAAGCAAAUAUUUUAGUGAUAAUGAGCAUACUGAGCUGUAAAAAAUUGUUAUUGAGUAAGAUGAGCCUGAAAAAGCUGAAAAAGAAAAAUAAAAGCAGGAGGAAGAAAACUAGUAAGUGGGAAUAAAGAUAGCAUAUAAUGCAAAACCACAGCUUUCUCUACAAGAUGAAUUUGCUAAAAUAUAUUAAAAAUUUGAACAAGAAAAAGAAGAAGAAGAAAAUAGACUAAAGAGACUAGCUCAACAAGAGAAAGAAUAAAAUUAAGUGGAUUUAGAAUACAUAAAAAAAUAAUAUCGAUACGCCAAAGAAAUUAACUAGUAUAAAGUCCUUGAGCUGAAUGGAAAUUUCAAUUAAAUUUAUUAUCCAAAUGAUGAAGAAAAUAUCAUUAUUUCACCAUAACUCCAAGUCGCUGUAAAAAAUCUGAGCCCAAACAAAGAAUAAACUUAAAACCAGGGUGUUUAAGACAAGCUGAAACUAAAAACUUCUUUAUCCAAUUUUAAAAUCAAACAAAACACAAAAUUUUUUACUAAUUAUCCUAGCAGUACCACAAAUAGCCAACAAUAAAAUGCAAUAAACAACGUAGAUUCAUAAAAUAAUGAUAAUUAUACAAAUAACGAUAAUAAUAACAACAAUGCCAAUUAAUAAACAAACAGCUAUUCAUAAGCUGCAUCUAACCAGAAAUUACAUCCUGAAUAGAUGAAUAAUAGAUAUACUAAAUAACAAACGAAAGGCACUCAUUUAAACUAUUAAAGCACAUUGCAACUAUCUCAAGGUACAAAAGAUUCCUUGCCUGUAAUACAACCUUAAACUUCUCACUCGUAGCUUAGAAAGGGAGUAGAUAUGAAACAAACAGCAGACAACUUUAAACAGAAAAAAAGUUCGGAUUCUUUAUCUAGUUCUUCUCAUAAGAAAAAAAUAUUUACCUUAUCAACUAACAACUUUUUGAGAAAUAAUGCAUUUGUUUCUUCUAUAACAAAGCACUUAUAACCGAGCAGUAAAAAUGAUGAUAAAUUUAAACCUCAAAUUGAUGUAAAAUAUAAACUUGGCGAGGUUCAUAGAUGUUACAGAGUAGCUUCAUAUAAAUAUGCUUAUUAAGUUGCAUCAGAUUCUCCACAAAUACUAUUUGCUGACAAUGAGUUGCUGCAAAAAAAGAUGAAAAGCUUAAAGCAACUGCAUGCUAAAAAGAAUGUGGAUGAUGACGAUGGUAUAGACUUCUAAGAUUUAGAAGAUGAGUCAGAUAAUGAAAAUACUGAUGAAGCCUCACGCAGAGGCAGUACGAUAACUAAAAAAGACAAUAAAAAAGGAAAUGAUGAUUCUCAGUCUCUCAACCAGAGUGUGGGAUUUUCUUCUUUCAUGUCUAAACAAAAAUCUACUACAACUCUAAAUAAAUUUACUUGA